AUGGCCCCCGGCAGUGGACGCGAUUUUAAUUGCUCAUGGGAUCAUUGCGGCAAGUCUUUCAAUCGCAAGUCCGAUCUCUGUCGCCAUUAUCGCAUACAUACGAAUGAGCGGCCUUACCACUGCACUGUGAAGGAUUGCAAUAAGAGUUUCAUACAGCGCAGCGCCUUGACUGUGCAUUCACGGACUCACACGGGCGAAAAGCCCCAUGUCUGCGACCACGAUGGGUGCCAGAAGGCCUUCUCCGAUUCUUCCAGUUUGGCCCGCCAUCGCAGAAUUCACACGGGUAAACGCCCAUAUAUCUGCCAGGAGCCAACAUGUGAACGAAGCUUCUGCCGCAAAACCACCCUCACCAAACACCAACACCGGUCCCACCCAGCCGGAUCCCUGACCCGACCCUCCUCCGAGGACGCGACCUCGGAGCACUCCUACCAACACCCAACCCCGGUGACGGUAUCUAUUCCACCAAACGACCAGUACCUCCUCGCCCAGCAACCCUACUACCCGCAAUCCGCGACACCGAACCACGAGUUCUACUCGCCGCAAAGCGUGCCUAUGGGUUCAGUGCCCGUCCAUGAAGCCGCUCCCCCCAUAGUCACGCAGAAUGUGCCCGUCACGUCACCUCUCAACCUGCCACAUGCACAACCACAUGCGCAACACCCGCACCCGCACCCGCAGCAUCAACCUCAGCACCAGCCGCAUCAGUCGCAUCAGCAGCAACAGCAACAGCAGCAAUAUAUGCAACUGAUGCAGCAGCGCUAUGAUCCAAAUCCACGUACUACCUACCUACCCCCUGAAUACCACCAACCUCCGCCAUUCCCUGGCCACCAGCUGCCAGAUGCCCAGUCCAUGAUGAUGUCCUACCAUCCAAAUUUCCAGUACAAAGCCCCCACUCGGAUCUUGAACCAACCGGAGGGGACUGACUGGGGUUUUCUGGGUGUAGGUUGA